UCGACGCGUUCUUGGCAACAUGAACCCAACCCCGUGUUGCCGGCUACAGUGCUGGUGACCAAGUACUAGCCUUCGGAUGAAGCCAAAACAGGUUCAAGUAAUCAUCUGCCUGAUUUGAGACGCCCUGACAAGUGAUGUUUUCGGUGUUCUUUCUUUGACAUCAUGUAGUCGACACUGGGUGGUGAUCCCCAGAGCAACAGCCCCCCGGUCGAUAAUGCCGCUGAAGAACGGACUAGCAUGGUCAAGGGAGGACAGUCAACUACAGGAGGUUAAAGAAGAGGGAACACCUGUGUGGGCUUAGCUACCUCUACGUUCACUCACACAUGAAAGAAAAGAAACCAAUCCUUUCUGCCAUGCUGCUAAAUACAAGAACAGAAGGAGGCACAUAACAACACCAAAGAGAUCUCUCAUUCAUCGAAUCACUUUCAACAUGGCUGCUACUCCAAAUCCACAAAGCUCUUUGAAGAUGGUCUUUCAGUCCGAGUACAGUCUGCUGGAAGAGUGGGCUCCUCAAACACUGGAAGACUAUUCAUGCAUCAGGAAAGACACCUCCCCCGCUCAAGAGCAUCAAAGAGACAUGCAGACUCUAUCAAAGAAGCUUCAACAGAACCUCUCUCCUAGACAGACUUGACAACAGUCAUCUUUGGUUUAUGAGGAUUGAGGAAUGGAAGGCCCAGGUGUCUUGCUCUUGAGUAAACAACACUCCCCUGAUUAAGCCCCCAGCACUCAACGACAUGAAUCCCUCUAAUGUCAACCACCCUGUCUCCCAAGCCGCUCAUGACACCCAUACAGAGAACGAAAAAGUCAAAGACCGUCCACGUGUAGUGGUGGGUGAGUCUACUACUACCAAUGACCAGAAACCAUCUCCGAAGAGCGCAGGACAUGGUGGACAGCACACACCUCUGGACCACAGACUCAUCUACACGUCUCCUCCUUUGCAACCUCUUCAACCUCGCCAACGCCCGCUGUUGACUUAUCUACACGUCUCCUCCUUUGCAACCUCUUUGACCUUGCUAAUACCUGCUGUUAAC